GUGAAACCUACAUGAGGGAGGUUGAUAGCUGUGAGCUUUCCUAUAUGUUCUCACUAAAUGUGUUAACAAUCAACUUAAAAUUAUUUAAGAGAAGUGGGUAGACUCGUUACUGAAGCAGACUACAUAUUUGUAAUGAGAGUGUCAAGUUUGUUUAUCUAGCAUAGCUAGUUAUGCUUGCUAGCUAGUACUAGAUAAAAGGUUAAAACCUGUUUAGAAACAUUAGGCUUGUUGUUUUGUUUUUUUUAACUAACCAUACUGUUUGAGAUCGGUUGUUAUUUGGCAGUUUGAAAAACUUUGUAGUAAAAGUACAUGCCAGGAUUGUUGCAAUUGUGAAUCUACAAUAGGGCAGGGAUAUCUGCAGAAAUAUUUGCUAAACAAGUUAGUUUGGAUACUCGUUGGCGAGAUGCGGUGGAAACUCUUUGUGAUAACUAAUUUAAGGACUGUGCGACCAUUCCUUGGACAUGUUACUUAUAGCCGCCAUUCGCUUAGUGUUGUGCAACAGAACAAACAGCCAAAUAUUCAACUUUACUGCACAAAGGGAGAGAGAAUUCUGUUUGAUGCAGGCGGCAAAGAUGCGAAAUUAAAAGACUUCACUUUCAGAGAGAGACCACCUUUCCGAAAAUCAGUGUUUGCUGCUGGCACUGCCAAAAGAACAGCUGAUUUUUUUAAGAGACAGUCGGGAGUAGAGAAUGAGCAAAAUGAGAAUGGCUUUGUCAGAAGCAGGGUGUCCUUUAUAGCAGACAUCCCUGAACAGCCACUGACUGCUUCAAAAUGGAGGACCCUGAAAGAGAACUCUCCCAAACCAGAGCGCUUUGAGCUGAGAAUGAUGGAGGCACUGCUGGCUGCUGGGGCAGAUCUUGGCAUUGCCAAAUCUCUUCUGACCUAUGUUGCUAUGGAGACUGGGAGCCUGCCCUAUGAACUGCUGCUGAGGUAUCUCACCUUUUGCGUUUCCGGGGGCUACCACUCCGAAGUGUCAGACACCUACGACAUCAUGAAGAACUGCUUUAAGAAUUUGGACACUGGUGCUUACACCUUACUGAUGAAAGGUUUUAGUAAAACUGAGCACUGGAGGGAGGCCUUGGUCUUGCUGGAGGAUAUGAAGAAAUUUUUCAUGCCCUCACCUCGUAACUAUGGUGACGCUAUUGCCGGGGCUGUGCUCCAUGGCGACAGAGAGAUGGGUUGGACACUUUAUAGUGAACUUCUGGAACUGGGUCUGACUCCCAGACAGGACACAUGGCAGUGCCUGUUUGAGAGUGCCACUAAUCGACACGACCACAAAGACAAACUCUUAGCCAUCCUGUCCUACAUGAGAGAGAACCAGGUCUUUCCAGAGAAGCCACUGGCCAGAAGCAUCAAAGUGUGGUUUGAAAGUUUACCAGAUGAAAAGUGGAAAGGGAGUUUCUCCUCUGUGGAUCCAAGAGGACAGUGCCGGAGUUGCCAGGCAAAUUUAGAGUCAAUUCGUCUGACGGAGGAGGAAUAUGCCCAGCUAAAACACAGCGUGAUGGCAGAUGUGAUUGAAGGCAGGGAUGUAUUCAAGAAGACCACUCCAGAGGAGCUGGAGAUCUUUAAGGCCUUCGUGAAGAAGAGGCCCGCCUUUGACGUUGUCAUCGAUGGCCUGAACAUGGCCCACGUUGCACCCAAGUGCUCAAAAUCUGAGACAUUGCUAGCAGUGGUCACCGAGCUGGAAGAAAAGGGCCUGAACAUCUUGGUCCUGGGCCGGAAACACAUGUUGCAUCCCUCUCGCAACUGGAACAAACAUGAAAUGAACCAGAUCAAAAAGAAGGCCCAUUGCUUCUUCACUGAGAACAUCUCUGAAGAUGACCCUUUCCUGCUAUAUGCUGCCUUGCAUUCCGGGAACCAAUGUAAUUUUGUGAGUCGUGAUCUGAUGAGGGACCACAAGGCUUGCCUCUAUGACAGCACCACCAGACGCCUCUUCUUCAAGUGGCAGCGUGGGCACCAGCUGGUAGCCAGUGAAUAUAUCCCUAGAAAACGGGUUCACUUUCAGAGGACAUCCGUCUAUGAUACAAUAGUCCAGACCAUGGGCACUUCUUGGCAUAUUCCUUAUGAUGAGGAAGGUGGAAUUAGAAGCACAUAUGAAGUGCCCCAGAAGUGGUUAUGUCUUAAUAAAGAACAUUAAGGAUUUUUGCUUCUCACAUAUGAUGGUUGAAAUUGACUGCAUUGACUACACAGAACAAUAAAGAUUUGAUUUUACAAGA